GCAUUCACCCCCGUCACGUUGCGUUCGUCGCGACGCUGGUGCCGUUCCGUUGUUCGUUGCACACACGUCGUUCACUCGGCUCACUCGUUCCCCUCGCCCACCCCAUCAACCGCCAAUUCACAACGCACAUACCACCCCUCCUCCUCCCGGCCCCUUCCAGACACACACCUACACAUCGCCACAACCCCCUCUCAGCACCCCUCCCCGAAGCCAUCGCACGAUUCGACGUUUUCGCCGAUUCAACUCGUCGUCACAGUGGCCAUUCGUUUGUGUGAGAGGGGACUGCGAGGAGUCAGGAGGAACACACAGUCGGUUAAACUUGGUUUUUAUCUCCCUCCCCUCUCCCGGCCCCACCAAAUAAAAUAUCAAAAAGAUUUUUUUUCUCUUCUAAAUCCCCCCUCCCCCGGAAGGACGUGCAGUGGGCGACCUGUCAGCGUCGGACUGAACAGUCAGUGUGUAGAAGUGGCUCGGUGAGGACAAUCCAACGGUCAAAAUAAAUAUCAAACAAUAAAAAAACGGUAAAACGGAGCAGCUUCGGCAGCUCCGUGUCCACUCGGGGGACUGAAAUCAACGUUAAAAACAAAGCCGGUGGGUAGACGGUCGGAAUCACCGUAGAAUUCCCCUGUUACUCUGUCACACCGGGACACCGCUGAUAAACUGGCGUGUCUCACUGUUGCUCCUGUGAUUAACCAUAAAUAUUGAAGUGCUACGAAGCUGGUCAACCCCGUGGCUAUUGUCACUGCAGCAUAGCUCGUCGAAUUAUUGUUGUUACGGAGAGAGUGAAGAGAUAAACUCUAGGAUGGCGUUCAACGGCGACGGGCCUCAUUCCAAGAGGCAACGACUCGAGGAGGCUGGACAUCGAAAUCACGAGUACAGUGGGUAUGGAGACGAGCCUAGACGCAAAAGGGAAGACACUAACAAGCCAAAUCACGUACUCCUGUUCACAAUCAUAAAUCCAGUCUACCCCAUCACAGUUGAAGUGCUGCAUGCAAUCAGUGCACCAUGUGGCCAGGUACAGCGCAUAGUAAUAUUCAAGAAGAAUGGAGUGCAAGCCAUGGUCGAGUUUGACUCGGUUGAGUCAGCGACACGGGCCAAAGAGACACUCCACGGUGCUGACAUAUACUCCGGCUGUUGUACAUUAAAAAUUGACUUUGCCAAGCCGACUAAGCUUAAUGUUUACAAGAAUGAUGCAGAGAGUUGGGACUAUACAACACCAAGUUUGGGUUCAAGUGGGCACAAAAAUGAGUCGAGUGGCAAUGGUAGGCCGGCACCACUUCUUGCUGAGCCGAGAUACGGUGCAGCACCACAGCCAUAUGGCUCAACACCACAAGUGACAUUUCCACCUGGUGCUGGACAUGAUCGUUAUGAGGAGAGUUUCAAUGGUCCAACGACGUACGCUGAACCGUAUGUCGAGAGGUACGGUAUCAAGAGUGAUUUCGCUGGUCGUGAACCACUUCAUCCUACACCAGCUAGGCCUGGGUAUGUACCGAGUCUUGGACAAACACCACCGACAAGUGCACAGGGAUCUGUCAUGAUGGUUUAUGGAUUGCAACCGGAUAAAGUCAAUAGUGAUAAACUAUUCAAUCUUUUUUGUCUGUAUGGCAAUGUCACGAAGGUGAAGUUUCUUAAGACGAAGGAGGGAUGUGCUAUGAUACAAAUGGGGGAUAGUAUAGCGGUGGAGAGGUGCUUGCAGAAUUUGAAUAACGUGACGAUUGGUACCGAGGGCAAACUACAGUUGGGCUUCUCUAAACAGGCAUUUCUCGCUGACGUAACAAAUCCGUAUAUUCUCCCUGAUAAGACGGCGAGCUUCAAAGACUUUACGGGAAGCAAAAAUAAUAGGUUUCUAAAUCCAGCAAUGGCCAACAAAAAUAGGAUACAGCCCCCCUCGAAGAUUGUCCACUUCUUCAACACACCCCCAGACUUAACUGAGGACACAGUAAAUCGUGUUUUCGUUGAACGUGGCAUUGAGGCCCCAACGACAGUGAAAUUAUUUCCUUUGAAAUCUGAGAGAUCAUCAUCAGGUCUCAUUGAAUUCAGUAGCGUUGGUAUAGCUGUUGCUGCUAUUAUGGAGUGCAAUCAUACAGCACUUGAAAAUAGUAACGGCAAGUUUCCAUACAUAAUGAAAUUAUGUUUUUCAUCAUCACGCACAAUACCAACGAAUUUUCCACCUGGUGGUGGUGCUGGACAAAAUUCAUCAAACAAUUCAGCUGGCAAUGGUCAUGUUUCGAAAAUGCAACAAGAUGGUGAAUAGAACGUCGAGGUAAUCCAGGGCCAAAAAAUUUACUACAAGAAUCAACGUCAGCGUAAACAACACUACAAUAUUCAUCAAUUGUGUAUGAAUACGGUAACACAGGCGGCAUUAAAUGAUACGAAUGUACAUUCAACGACAGCUGGUGCUACUGCCAUUGCCAUAUCACCAGUGAUGCAAGCACAGUUACCACCUUCCUGUCAUCUUCUUAUCACAACACCGAGUUUAUAUCCACCACCGCCACCACCACCACCACCACCACUUACCGUACCACAGGCAUUACCACGUGCACAACUUCCAUUAUCGUCACAACCGCUGACCACAUUCUGGCCCUAUGGAUAAAUAAACAACAGCAACGGAAAGCGUAAAACAAAGUUUGUAGUCGAUACAAAUUUUUUUUCUUCUUCUUUCCUCUCUGCAAUUUAUUUUUCAUUUUUUUUUGGGAAAGAAUGGAUAUGAUAGCGAGAGAGAGGGAGAGAGUUGGACCAAAAUCGUCGUAGGGAGAUGCGCCCAGUGGGUCGAGUCCCCGUUCAUAUCUUGAAGCUCUUUUUUUUUCGGCCUCUGUGGUCACGGACUGGAGGUAGAAAUUGCCAAACGAUAAAUCGUGACUCUUUUUGAAUAUACAUAUCAAUGGUAAUCACUCUCACGAAUAACUUUUGUCGAUAGAAUCUGAAACAACGAAUGUUUCCUGAUUUUUUAAUCUAUAUUUUUCCGGAACACCUCUGCGAAAUGAAUAUUUUAAUAUUUACUCAGCGUCCGUGACACGUGAUUCGAAUAUACAACUGCCGAGUUCUAUUGCGGUUUUCGUUGGAAGGGGGAAGAGGGAAUUAUUUUCUAUGGGAAUGGAGAAAUCAGAGGAAUCAUUUUACUGAAAAUAUUUCAUACCAAGAUCGAUUGAUUGAAAUCGUGAAAAUAAACGCGAAUAUUCCGAAUCAACUAUUGCCCCUCGGGUAAUACUUCUCUUUGCGCUGGUUUUUUUUUCGCGGUUUUGUUGGGAUUUUGUUUUUUACAAAAAUUAUUUGAUGACGAUGUGUCAAUACUGGGCGAUACAAUCCGACAACGUAUCGAAUAAAAUCCCAUCCACUGAUGAGUGAUUCAGCAGCGAAUUGAUAGCGCGAUUCAAGUCGAUCUGGACUAUUGGGUCAUUUUGAAUUAAUAUCUCGGAAUCCGCGGCAGAUACCGAAAUUUUUAUCAGAACAUUUUUUGUAGAGCGAAUUAAGAACUAUAAUAAAGGUCAUGACAAAUAUUUCGCUAGGGGUCUUACAUUCCGAGAUAAUACCUCAGUGAAUUCGCAGUGUUUUAUCGCUUCACUGCUAAAUUUAUCAGUCAGUCCAUAUGAUAACGUAACUCGUCGCGAAAUCGGUGUUAAUCCCCCCUUGACAAACUAAACUGACAAAAUCUCGACUGCUAAUUAAUUAAGAACAAUAAAAACAUUUAUCACGCGGUGCUCAGCCCCGUGAAAAAUGGCUGCAGUGUUAAAAAAAAAUUAUUUAUUAUGAAACGAGUACUCGAUUUAUCGGACACGCGGAGCAGUGAAUUGAAUUUUAUAUUGAGAAAAAAAAGUUAAAAACAAAUAAACCGGAAACACGCAAUGACCUUGACGAUACAAUAUAUUAGUAUCCCUUGGCAAUAUUUUGUCGGGUCAAGGGAUGUUUUUAUAAAAUGAAAAUAAAUAUAAAAAAAUGUACGAGAAAGGGAGAGAGUGAAAAAAAACGAUGGAUUCGACAUUUUACGUCUCUGAAUAAUUUUUGAGUAACGUGAACCAAGCUGCUGAAAAUUACAUGACAUACUUUACAUCAACAAAUCGUGAAAACAUGAAAAUUAUCAUAAAAAAAUAUUAGACUUGACUCCUCGGCCAUACGUAAAUGUAAGAUAAUAAAACUUCGAGGGUCAUUUUGAUGCCACUCAUGUGAACGAUAGAUGUAGGGCCCCGAUUAAUUGUCCACUGAUUGUGUGUUCGAUUGAUCAAACUUGCGAGUCGAUGAGCAAUUGUGAGUGCGAGAGAGUGAUUCAAUAGACUAAGAAAAAAAAAUGUUUAUAUUUGAGGCAAUAUUUGUAACGAUACAUCUAGGUAAUAGGUUGUAUUAUAAAACGUGAACGGUUUGCAUUGCAUUGACGAUUUUGGGAGACAGUUGGUUCUGUCAUUGACAGAAUUAAUCGAUCGUUAGUCAAGCAAAUGGAGACACUGAGUCGAUGCAAUGUGGCCUGCAUCUUAUCCCUGAAUUGUAUAUAGGCAGCUUCAACGACGAACUCACGAUAUUACAAUUUAAUGGAAUUGUUAUGGGGAAAGUGCUUAAGUAGCCUAACAAAUGGAUUAAUUCUCGGUUUAUUGGAGGUUGUAACUUUUCGUCGGACUUGCCAGCACUUUGGAUUUCUGGUUGCAGUGGGAUUGGGGUCUUUUAACUUUUUUUUCGAUGGGAUUAUUUGGUGGCAGAGCAUUGCAGGAUGAUUUCACUUCUUUUUAAAAUGUGGUUCUACUAAAGCUGACAUGAAUUUUUAUUCAAUUAUUUCACUGUGAAAUGUCUAUUUUUCUUCAGACUACUCAAGUUAAGUCACCCUGUUCAACUUCUCCCCUGAAUGCACAUAAUUUUCGUCUCUUCACUGACUUCAAUUCGUGUGCAUUCAAUUGAAUAUGGAAUUAUUCAGAGGUGGAGUAUAACAGGAUGGAUUCACUUCACUUAAACACGUGUUCAUAAUAGAGGAUUUCAUUUUUGUUUGAAUACUGUGAGGUAUUCAUUGAGAAAUUUGACUAAACUCUAGUUAUUUUAUGUUUAUUAAAAACAUUACUCGCAAUUUUGAAAUUAAUUUUUAAUUGAUUAGUCGACUUUGAAAAGCUCUUGGGAAAUGUCUAUUAUUUUUGGAGCACUUGUUCAUUUCACUCGAGAAUUAAUUUCCCGAGAAUAUCUUCGACUACAAGAAAUCAUUAACUAUCCCUUCUAUUUUAAAAUCCCUAUUUUAGACAAUUCCCACCAAGUUCAAUUAAUUUAUAAAGUUCAUCCUGAUGAAAUCUUUCCAUAAAUUUUUACUUGACAAUUUCCCUGAGUAAAACUCCUCAUCAACUUCCCCUCACUCCUUCCACCAUCAAAGACGUUCUAUAACUCCGCAAUAUUCCAAGUUCUCGAUUCAUGUUUCGCAAUCGCUUUUAAAUUCAGUGAUAUUAAUCAGUCAGAAGUUAUCCAGAAGUUAAGUCAUCCCGUUUAGCCUUCUCUCCACUGAAUCGGUAUAAUUUUCAUUCCUCCACAGACUUGAGUUCGUGUCGAAUAUCACGAAAAAUAAUCAGAGGGUUCUUUUGUCAUUCGUAAUUGUCUUCACGAGACAGUCCCAUAAAUCCUAGUGUAGCGAGUGAUACUUAAAACGAAAGAGGAAUGGUACAGAAAAUAUUUGACGUCGACUUAGUGAUUUAACCGUAAAAGGAGAGAGGAAUAAUAAAUUAGAUGAUGUAAAUUAAAUGAAGAAACUAUCAUAUCGAGUAAUUGUAGGUAAAAAUUCAUGUGUUUAGGAGUUUUGGGAAUUCAAUCAAGAGAGUAUCGUCACAACCGUUUGAAUAAUGUGAAUGUCCCAGAGUGAUUUAUCGAGAUCCACGGGCACAUUUAAUUUCAUUUAUCCAUUAUUAUCUUUCGUUUACCAUUCAAAUACUAAUCAUUACUUUUUAAAAUGAUUAUUGAUAUUGAAUUAAUAUCCGAAAAACCCCUUUUUCGCAUAUUGACAAUUUUCGAGUCAUAUCUUAACAUAGAAAUAACAUUAUUUGGAUACGGCUGUGAGAUAUAUACCUUUGGCAAGAGUAUUUCGAAGUAAAAGAUGAUGAAAAAAAAAUAUGAAACAAACAAAUAAAUAAUCAUUCGACUUACAACUCGCUCGACAAUAUUUAUAUCUAUCAAUUUUUAUCACUGAUCAAUUUAUCAAUCGACAAAUAUUUUGUAACAAUUUAUGAAAUAAUCCAAUAGACCGAAAGUCUUUUUAAUCAAUUUAUCACCUGGUAUCGUAUCGAUAAAAAAAAACUUUGACACUUCAAACUGAUACAAAAUCCGCCAGGUUCACGAGACAAACUGCAAAUUGUGUCAAAAAUGUGGUCAUAAAUCUAAUUUUUUUCCUCGAACAAAACAAAAAACAAUUUUUCAAUUUGCGUGUGCACUGAAAUCCGGCUUAAAUGCAUCUUGAUUUACGAGGGGAUGUCUUUAUUCGGCGGAUAGAAAGGCAACAUAGAAGAAAAAAAAAACAAUUAACUGAACAAAAAACAAUAUCAGACUACAGAAAUAUAAAUAACGAUGCCCUCGUGAUUAAAAUCACUCUCCAAUAUAUACACUAGAGCCCGCUUUUCAUUAUGCGCAUCGAUAUAUUCAAUUACUAAAGAUACAUGAUGAAAGAAAAAAUAAA